GACGACGACGACGACGACGACGACAAGGACGGACCUCUACCAGCACAAAGCUAUACCUCUUAUUCCUAUUUAUCUACAACAGCGAUAAAGAUCUACAACGGAUAUCCCGUCAUAUCGCAAGCUCGAAUCGCUAUACGAAGAAAGCUUGGUGCGGGCCCACACCCGCCAAUGUCAUUCCUCCCAUACCUCCGCCGCACUCACCACCCUCUGCGCACCUUCCUCCUCCUCCGUCGGUGUAUCUCCACCCUACCCAGACCGUACACGUUCCAUGUCGGUGUCGCCUAUGCACGUAAACCGCCCGACACCUCCCUGCCUGAAAAAGAGCGGGUGCCGAGUGUGGCCUUCCCUGCCCAGAGCCCGAAAGGGAGGUGGAGGGACGAGAUGAUAGGAGAGUGGAGAGGCGGGGAUGUGAGGAAGGUACCUGUUGUGGGUGUUGGAGGGGAGGAGAGGGGAGCUCAGGCGGCAGAUGAAGGGAAGGACAGGGAACAUGCAAUGGGAGAGGACUUUGUAUUUGUGCAACAUAUGAAGGGCCAGUCGGGCCUCGCUCUCGGAAUAGCAGACGGCGUCGGCGGCUGGUCCGCAUCCGGCAUAGACCCCUCCCUCUUCUCCCAAUGCCUGAUGUUUCACGCCGCGCACGCCGCCUCCAAAGGCUGGGCUUUCCCAGCCGACGUCGACCACCCGCAUGAGUCUGAAGGAGGGAGGGACGUGUUGUAUAGCGGCGAAGGGUGGGAAGUGAGGCAAGGCGAUGGGGAGGAGCUGGGACCCAAGGAGAUCUUGCAGAAGGGGUAUGAUGCGGUGUUGGUGGAUCCUGAUGUGGAGAUGGGAGCAAGCACAGCCUGCGUCCUAACACUCAACAGCAAGACCGGUAAACUGCGAGCCGCAACACUUGGAGACUCGGGGUUCAUCGUCCUCCGCGGGCCAAGUAUCCAGCAUAUCCAAGCUCCACAAACACAUUACUUCAAUUGUCCUAAGCAGCUGUCAAAGUACCCAAUCCACGCGUUCAAGAAAGGCAAGAAACCGAAGCUGGACGAUCCUUCCAUAGCCGAGGAAUGGGAGUGCACCCUCAGGCACGGGGACGUCGUCCUCAUCUACACCGACGGGCUGUCGGAUAACCUGUUCGCCUCGGAGAUGCUGGAGCUCUCACUCCUUUCCCAGGCGUAUGCCGCCUCUGGAAUAGCAGGAGCGGGCGACGAGCUCUUUCCUCCUUCGUCGCCCUCUAUUAGCGGCCCAUCCGACCCAGAUCCACCAGAGACGCUGCAAGCCAAGAGGCUGGCAAGGACGUGUGUCGAGCAUGCGAGGCAGGCGAUGAUGGACGUCACCGCUCUGACGCCCUUUGAACUUGCGGCGAAGACUCGGGGAGGAUGGGAAUGGUUCAACUGGAUAGGGGGCAAAAUUGAUGACGUAACUGUUAUUGCUGUGGUUGUGACGGAAGGCAUGUAGUGGAAUGCCUUUGCAUGCGGAAGAUUGACUAGAGAGGAACGGGGAUAGAUUUAUCACAUAUCAGCAUUUGCAUAUACCAUAUGGUCAAAUAAUGAUCAGGGC